AGCAUGACUUCCGGCUGCAGUGCAGACAGACCAGAAUCGUCAGAUUCGGGAAAACAACUAUAAGAUACAUAAAUACACAUUAAUGGAUUUAUUAAGUUGGAAGCGUUGAACGCUCUACGGGGACACUUUAAUGACACCGCGACGUUGCUAAAGUGCCAGAAGUGAGUGACAUUCGCUCUUCAAAUAUUUAUAAAUAUGAACAAGCAGCCCAGUAAGGAGUCUCUGAAGGACAAGGUGAAGGGAAUAUUUGGCCUUGGCACAACGCGCAUCUCCACCAAGCCCUCUGAGCCGAAGCCCUCUGAGUUUAUAAUCACCCUGGACAUCCUCAAGGAGCUGAGCCCUGAAUGUGGAAUAAACAACAGGAUCAAAGUGAUCAAUCAUGUUUGUGACUUGGCAAAAUCUAAAAAAUUUGAAGAGCAUGCGGUGGAGGCUGUGUGGAAGGCGGUGGAGGACAUGCUCCAGCCAGACUCUCCACCAGAGGCUCGACAUGCCGUCUUACAGCUGCUCCGAGCGAUCAUCCAUGGACAGGGUGAGAGACUUGGCCCAUUGAGAGCGUAUUUCUUUAAAUUGGUCUGGCUUUAUCAACCCUCAAAUGAAGACCUGUCUGUGCGUCUGGAGGUUUUCAAAGCACUCACAGAAAAUGGGAAAGACAUCACGUAUCUGGAGGAAGACAUAGCGCGGUUUGUGCUCCUGUGGAUGGACAUGGGGCUAACGGCCGACUUUCUGCAUGUCUUGGUGAAUCUGGUGAAGUUUAACAGCUGCUACUUGGAUCAGAAUGUCUCCGUCAUGGUCCAGAAAAUCUGCCUCCUGUGUAAUCGUACUACAUCCUCCACUGACAUUGAGGUGGCACUGCAGGUGCUGGAUGCAGUGGUGUGUUACAACUGCCUGCCAUCCGACUCACUGACCAUCUUCAUCAUCACACUCUGCCGGACUGUCAAUGUGAAAGAGUUCUGUGAGUCCUGUUGGAAGCUCAUGCGGAAGGUGCUGGGGACUCACUUGGGCCACAGUGCCAUCUACACCAUGUGUCACAUCAUGGAGGAGAAGGCCUACACGGAGGAUGCUGCUCUGCUGCGUGGUGCUGUGUUCUUUGUUGGCAUGGCGCUGUGGGGAGCACAUCGCCUCCCUGCGCUGAAGAACACCCCCACUCUGGUGCUGCCCUCCUUCUUCAAGGCCAUGACCUGUGCCAAUGAAUUGGUGUCAUAUGAAAUUGUGCUGUCAAUCACCCGACUGAUUAAGAAAUAUGGCAAGGAGUUGCAGGUGGUCACCUGGGAUAUACUGCUGGGCAUUAUCGAAAGACUUCUCCAGCAAAUCCAAACUAUUGGCAGUCCGGAGCUGAAGGCAAUCGUGUAUGAGCUGCUCAGCACAGUGGAGGAGCUCUACGAACAAAAUGGUUACCAUGGUUCCUGUGACAAAUUCUUCAGUUUGGUAGAGAAGUGCGCAGAUAAACGCCCUCAUGCAUCAGUGCUGAUUCUCAUCUCAUAUCGGGCUCAGUCCAUCCAACCAGCCAAAGAUGGCUGGAUCCAGAGUCUACAUCGGUUGAUGGAAAAGUUCUUCAGGAAUGAGACUCGUAGUAUCAUCCGGAUUAAAGUCCUUCACAUCCUCUCCUUUGUCCUCAGCACAAAUCGCCAGCUGUAUGAGGAGGAGCUCAUAGAGGUUGUGGUGAUCCCACAGUUAGGUCAGAUAGCGGAGGACAAGGACCUGCUGGUCAGGAAGCAGGCCACCCAGCUGUUAGUGGACCUGGCUGAAGGCUGUAGUACACAUCACUUCAACAGCCUGCUGGACAUCAUUGAGAAAGUGGCCAGUCGCCCCCUGAUUGCGGGCUCCAUGGAUGGGGAGAGAGACCUCACUGCUGAGUCACCUAUGGAGGAUGUGAAGACGGCCAUACUGGGUCUUCUGGAAAUCUUACAGAGUAAGAUGUACAGCUUGCCUGUCAGCCACGCCAGUCGAGUGUACGAGCUGCUCAUCAGUCACCUGCAGCUGCACUACAAACACAAGUACACCUCUGCCAUCGCCAGCAGCAUCCGCCUACAGGUGUUUGACUUCUUACUGCUGAUGCGAGCUGAUACGCUUCAUCGUCUUGGUGUCCCUAAUAAAGAUGGCAUGUUGCGCUUCAGCCCCUAUUGUCACUGUGAUCAGGGUGAGCCUGAGAAGAGGGUGAAUGAGAAGAAGCCUGCAGGCUCAGUGUCGCCCCCUGCUGGAAGCCCUGUUCCUGCUGGCCCUCCGGCCUCCAUCCGCACUGCCUACCUGCCCUACAGUUUGGCCUUUAGUGUUAUCGUGCAGUGCCUCAAGAUGGAGGCUGAUUGGAAGGUGCUGAAGCUGGUGCUGGAUAAGUUGCCGUGGACGCUGCAGUAUAAGGUGCUCCUGCUCACCUCUCCCUGCAGCAUAGACCAGCUCUGCUCCAUCCUCUGCUCCAUGGUGACCGAUCGUAUGAUUUCGGAACGUUUGAAGAAAACCCCAGAUGGGUUUGCACGCACUGAUGUGCAGCUAGCUGUGGUGCCCGUGCUCACAGCCCUGACCUCCUACCACAGCUACCUGGAGCAGUCCAGACAGAGGGAGCUGGUGCAGUGUCUGGAGACGGGCCUGAUCUGCCGCUGUGCCAAGCAGUGUGUGGUGGCUCUCACCAUGUGCACGGUAGAGAUGCCCGACAUCAUGAUCAAGCUGCUGCCUGCCCUCAUCGUCAAGCUCACGCACAUCUCUGCCACCGUCGCCAUGGCGUCGCCCAUGCUGGAGUUUCUGUCCACUCUGGUGCGACUGCCUCACCUGUAUGCCAACUUUGUGGCGGAGCAGUAUGUGAGUGUGUUUGCCAUCUCCCUCCCCUACACCAAUCCUUUUAAAUUCAAUCAGUAUAUAGUGUCUCUCGCCCAUCACGUGAUUGCCAUGUGGUUCAUCCGCUGCCGCCUGCCCUUCAGGAAAGACUUUGUGCAGUACAUCACCAAGGGGUUGCGCUCUAAUGCACUGCUACCCUUUGAUGACACCCUGGAGCAGAGCAGCUUUAGAGCUCGCAGCACCAGCUUGAAUGAAAGGCCCAAGAGUCUGCGCGCGGCUAAAGUGGCGAAGCAGGGUCCAAGUAGCAACUCGCCCAUUAAAGAGCUGAAAGAUCUGUCUGCCAUGGACGCCUUCCGCUCCCGAAGCAUCAGCGUCUCCGAGCACGCGGUGCGCAGGAUGCAGACCUCCAGCACCACCUGCAGCCUCGGCUCCGCAGACGAGAACGCCGUGCUGCAAGCGGAUGACACGCUUAAGACGGUCCACCUGGAGCUGACGGAAACCUGCCUGGACAUGAUGGCCCGCUAUGUCUUCUCCAACUUUUCUGCUCUGCCAAAGAGGUCUCCCAUAGCAGACUUCCUGCUGUCAGGAGGCCAGAGCAUGACCUGGCUGGUGGGGAAUAAGCUGGUCACCAUCACCACCAGUGGAGGCGCCCGCACUCAAGCCCUCCUGGGGCUGGACAUGGCUCAACGGCCUGGAGGAGGAGGGGAGAUGACCAGGUCAGACCCAUCACUUCAUACCAGACAGACGAAAGAGGCUCCAGCCAAGCUCGAGUCCCAGUCCACCCAGCAGCUCAACAGCAGAAACACACGCAUACGCGUGCGCUCCAUGUCAGGUGGCCAUGCGCUGCGUGUGGGCCCGGCCCAGAGUCUGAGCCCACUGGUGUCCCCCACUGACGGCGAGCUCGGCGGGCUCGGGGUGCCCCCUCCUGGGCCGCCGCUAGACGGCCUCGGCUCCCUGCGCGGGGCUGAUGACCAGAGCUCCUCCUCCAGACCCCCGCCGCUCAAGGAGAAGGCCAGUCUGGCAGAGUUUGUCCCCAUGCUCACGCAGGGCUGGGCCGAGAUCUUCAUCCGCAGACCAUCAGGCAACACCAGCUGGUUGAUGUGCCUGGAGAACCCUCCCAGCCCGUUCUCGUCGGAGCUGGGCAACAUGCCGCUGCAGGAGCUUUCCAGCGUGCUCAUGGCCAUGGAGGGCAUCAAGGAGCCGGCCGCUCCCACCAGCACCAGUGUGGACGCUGCCACAGACACGCCGCAAGCCCUCAGCAAGCCCUCGCUCAUCCAGCGCUCCAACACAGUGGGCGCUCUGGCCUCUCUGUGGACGCCUGAGCUACAGGGCCGGUUGCACAGGAGCAUAUCCUGGGCAGACUCAGUGGUGGUGUUGGAGGAGGGUGCGGGUGUGAGAGGUGGAGAGACUGCUGAGCUGGAGGAGUUUGAGGCCAUGCCCUCAGAGCCCAUCUUCAUGAGUGCCGACAAGUUCAGCAAGAGCACCCCUGUCCCGCUCAGCAGGUCAUCGUCCAGCUCCAGUCAGGAUGAUGAGAAGUCCACCCUGGAGGAGGUGAGUGAGGGGGCCAUUCCCAUUGACCAGCCCCCCCUGGCGCUCUCCCCGACUGGGCCGCAGGACGCCGACCUGCCUUUCCCCCACUCCCAGACGCUCAACAAGUCCAGCUCCUCGCCGGAGCUCCAGACCUUACCAGAGGCGUUCGCCAAGGCCGCUGCCGAGUCUGGGACCGGGGUGGGCGACGCGUCUGGCGUGCGCCCCCCUGUGGAGGUCAAGGACCCGGGGGAGCGGGAGGUCAGCGGCAGCGAGGUGCUGGGCCAGGGUGACUCGGCAACCACGGCAACAACGGCGUCAGCGGGAGGAGGAGGAGGAGGAGGAGGGGUGAGUGGAGGCGCCAGCGUGUCCUCGUCCUCCUCGGCGCCUCGCAUGCGUCUGGAGUGUCCUGCCCAGCCACAGCCGGGGCCCGUCUCUCCCAGUGGUCACCGGCCUCGUGGCCACACCAUCUCGGUUUCAGCCCCCUCCUCCCGCCGAGAAAGGAAGAUGGACAGAGACUCGUACCACAACAGGCCUGGACCCUCCAACUCUGAGAAGGCCAGUGGACUCAGCCCCAGUUUUGUCUUCUUGCAGCUUUAUCAUUCCCCAUUUUUUGGCAACGAGGCCAACAAGCCUCUCCUGUUACCUAAAUCCCAGUUGAUUGACAGAGCCGUGAAGGUGCUGGACCAGAUGCCCCCGUAUGACACCCAUAAGAUUGGGGUGGUGUUUGUGGGAGCGGGACAGGUGAAUAACGAGGUGGCCAUCCUGUCCAAUGAGUACGGCUCCAACCGCUACGCGCAGUUCCUGACCGGCCUGGGCAAACUCAUCCAUCUGAAGGACUGCGACCCUGACCAGAUCUUCCUGGGCGGCCUGGACCAGUACGGGGACGACGGGGAGUUUACGUACUGUUGGCAUGACGACAUUAUGCAGGCCAUCUUCCACAUCGCCACGCUCAUGCCCAACAGGGAAUCGGAUAAAGGCUGCUGCAACAAGAAGAGACACAUCGGGAAUGAUUUUGUGGUCGUGGUCUACAACGAUUCCACUGAGGAGUACAAGCUAGGCACCAUCAAGGGUCAAUUUAACUUUGUGGAGGUGGUCAUCAAGCCCCUGGACUACGACAGUAACCUGGUCACACUGCAGUGUCGCAAAGAUCUGGAGGGGUUGGUGGACACCAGCGUGGCCAAAAUUGUAUCAGACCGGAAUCUUCCGCUGCUGGUCCGGCAGAUGGCCUUACAUGCCAAUAUGGCGUCUUUAGUCCAUCAGUACCGUGCCAACCCCUCCGACGCCUACGCCUCCAAAUGGCUGGCCAGACUGCGACACAUCAAACGGAUCCGCACUCGGGCUCAGGAGGAGAUCCAGUCCCGGGCCACUCCGGGGAUCUCCCUCACCCAGAGCCACGGCUCCAUGCAGAGCAAGGCGGCCCACCAGCAGAGCGGCUCAGGCUCCAACCCCGACUCAGGGCAGCGCAAGAGACUGGUGUCCACAGUGGACGACUUCACUGAUUUCGUCUGAGCGUUAAUCAGACCUCCCCUCGCCCCCCUCCCCCUUCCUAAAACAUCUCAGUUUGAGAGAGAGAGAAUAAAACUUUCUUCAAAAUCAGACAGAAAUUCAACCCUUGCUUUUUGCAGCAUUAUACAGUAUAUCAUGCACACAGGCGCAUAUGCAUGCACACAUAACUGCCAUGCCCACUUUAUACUUUAUACUGCCUCUGAGCUGCUGAUCUCUCUAGCAGCUGAGUUGGUGAUCUUUCUGCCUUCUUUCAGACAUUAGAGUUGCUUUCACACAAUCUCCAUAGUAGUUCUCUCCCUCUCAUGCACGCGCGCGCGCACAAACACACACACUCACAUACAAACUCCUCUCAGCUAUGCCGUGCAGCCUCUGCUGUAAAUUAAUUGGCUGCUGCAGUGCUAAGCUAAUGACGGCCACUUUGCCGAGCCGUGUGUGUGUGUUAAAGGGAGAUGUUAGAAAUUAUGGCUCAUUUGCACAGAGAACUAGUCUGCAAGAAGACUACGUGCAAGAAGACCUCAGUGUCACUGAGACAGACAGAUCUAUUUGCCAAUCCUACAACACCCCACCCACCCCCAUCUGCCUUUUAAAGAAAUCCUAUAAUCCCUGCCAUGCAGUGUAGAGAGGGACGGUGCACACACACGUGUGUGUGUGUGUGUGUGUGUUUUAUGUGACGGUCUGUGUGCAAAUGUUUGUUGUGUUCCUUUAUUAACAAGUGAGAGAGAACCGAGAUGGCCUUAGGAGAGCAAUGAGUAGAACACUAACCUGUGAGUGUGAGCUGUGUGGCUGUGUUUGCAUUUGGUCAAAUAAAAUAUUCAGUUAUCAAACAAA